UGUAGCAAAUAAGCUAUUGUUAGGGAACCCGAAUCUAUAAUAUUUCAGAUUUGAAAUUUAAAUAAAGCAUACAAUAAUUAAGUUUUAAGGGUUGUCUUUGAAGUAAAGACAAUGUAGAUAAUCUUUCCCAGCUCUGUCAUUUGUUUCUAAUUUACGGCAUUUUAUUGUGUAAGUGAAACUCCCGCGACACCUGUGAUGGAAAUACAGAACUUCGUGAUACGCUCUCCCGUUGGUGUCUCAUCUAAACAACAUACAACAAAUGCCGUGAGCAGUAGUGCCAUCUGUAGUCCGAAUAUAGGAACGUGUUUUCCUUAACCUGUUUGCGAUUGGGUACUAACAUCAUUUUCGUAUCAUUGAAACAUUGCGUUUGGGUCGUAUAAUCUUGUUAUUUUGUAUUCUAAAGUAUUUUACUGUCCAUCAACAUAUCAUGAACGAUCAUAAAAGUCCUUCAGAGGUGGUGCCGGAGUGAUUUUGUACACGGGAAAAGUGAAAUACGCAGUGAUGUUGUCAUGGCGGCGUUACAUCGCACCAAUCAGAAAUCUGCUUUCAACGCGCUUUGCUACUUCUAAUUUCACCUUACAUUUCGCGUCAGUGAAAUAAUUUGUGCUGGUUGUUCCGUUAUGGCUGAUUUAUUGAACUUAUGAUGAUGGUGUUAGCAGGUUAAACGAGUGAAUUACUUGAUAAUGUCAUUUAGUGCAAAAAUAUAAUCAAAAAGUUCGUUUUGUGCCUGUAGUCACGUGACCUCAGUAGAUAAAUGGCGCAAAGCUCAGACUACAAACAUGGGUUCCGUUUCUAUGAAGUUGUGUCAUUCGUAUUUGUAUACAAUAGUGUGUUUUCAUAAACCACGUGUUAAAUAGACUCUAGUGAUUGACAUAAGAUAAUCCAAAAUGUCGGCGAGAGGUACGAAGAGGCGAGGGAGGCCUCCCAAGUCGGUGGUGAUGGAGAGACCACGAAAGUUUCAGUAUCAUCUAAUGAAAAAGCCCAAAUACAUCUUAAACCGCGAAAAUAAAGAUUCCGAAACGCCGAACUCUCAGACAAGUACGCCGACAGCGUCAAGAGCGUCAUCACCUGUAGAAAGUGAAAGAAGUAAUAGAAGUACAAGGAGCAGAGGGGGAAGUUAUAGGAGAAGAGGUGGAAUAGGUAGAUAUCAGAGAAGAGGAUAUAACCCAGAUGUGGUGGAAGAGAAAGAUUCUGAAUACCACUACGGUUCAGAUUUUGGAGACGAGUCUAGUGGGAAAAGUGAAUUUGAAGAUGAUAUUCUUCCUAGUGAAAGUGACAUGGAUGAUAGUAUUGGUGGAGAUGCAUCUAGUGAUAGUGAUUUUUCCCUGUCAAGUUAUAGUACUGUCAGUGGCACACCGAAAAAGUACAUAUAUCAUAGACCUCCAAGCCCAGAACCUUUGUGGCUGCAGAAUCGUGAAAUACCAUUGCUAGAACUACCUAAAUCUUCAGAGGACCUUUUAAUUUCUAAAGAACAUAUUAUGCAAGCUUUGUGUAUCUAUGAAGUGUUGCGUCAUUUCAGAACAUUAGUGAGACUAUCUCCAUUCAGAUUUGAAGAUUUCUGUGCAGCUGUUAUGUGUGAGGAUCAAAGUACUUUGCUGGCAGAAGUGCACAUUAUGCUUCUGAAAGCAUUGCUCAGAGAAGAGGACUCUCAGCAGACACACUUUGGACCUUUAGACCAGAAAGAUAGUGUAAACAUUCUGUUAUUUUUUGUUGAUGCUAUGACAUGGCCUGAAGUUCUUCGGGCUUAUGUAGAAAGUGACAAAGAUUUUGAUUCAACUGCAUUGUCUAUUUUAUCCUCUUGUGAAUAUCCUUUCACAUCUGUAGAAAACAGGCUGAAAGUCCUCCAAUUUUUGACAGAUCAGUUUUUAAUUACUAAUCCAGUACGAGAAGACUUGCUGAAUGAAGGCAAUAUCCAUUACGAUGACCACUGUCGAAUUUGUCAUCGACUUGGUGAUUUAUUAUGCUGUGAGACAUGUCCUGCUGUUUUUCACCUGGAAUGUGUGGAACCACCAAUGGAUAAUGUUCCAGAGGAAGACUGGCAAUGUGGAGUAUGUCGAGCACAUAAGGUGACAGGAGUAGUGGAUUGUGUUUCUGAUGCGGAGAAGUCUGGGCUCUUGUGUAGGCAGGAGCAUUUGGGAUUUGACCGUCAUGGGAGAAAGUAUUGGUUUCUAGCCAGGAGAAUAUUUGUAGAAAACGAAGAUGGUGAAGUAUGGUAUUACAGCACUCCUUCUCAAAUGGAAGAAUUACUUGAAUGCAUGGAUCGUAAUCACAUGGAAUUAGCAUUAUAUCGGGAAAUAAGUGAUUUUCGAGAUGAAAUUAUUCGUCAAAUGGAACUUACGGAGAAAAUUACCAACCAACAUAAAGGGAAUAAAAAGUCAUACUUGGAUCUAGAAAAUGCGGCACUCGCUAAGCAGCAGAAAGAACGACAAGAAAGGCGAAUUAAAGAGGAGGAGGAGAUAAAGCGUGAACGUGAACGACAAGCUGCUGAAGAUCAGGUCCGACAACUUCAUGGGGAGGUGGGUGAUGAGGUUAUUAUGGCAGAUGGAGAAAGCAAUGGUGCCAAAAGUGUUGAUGCCUCUGAGUCCAAUGCUGAAUCCAACCCGUCCAACAAUGCCACACUGCUAGAGACAUCGGAGGCUGUGAGUAGUACAACCACUACUACUACUACAACAACAGAACUGACAAAAACUCUAAUGGAUGUAGAUGCUGGAGAGCACAUCACUGAGGUGACAACUACCAUGACAACCACCACUACCACAUUGUCAUCUUCUGCAGUUAAAUUAUCAACAGCUUUAUCAACAUCUGAAUGUGAUGAGGAUGAAAUGGACAUAGAUUCAGACAAAGAUGAUGAUGAAGGAGUUUCUAAAACUAACAAAGAUGGUUCAAAAAGAACCAUGUUAACUCGUUCCAAAACUGGAUCACUGACCCCGAGAACUUUCAGUAUGGAUGAACUUAAGAGACGGGGCAAGGAUGGCGAAAAACUUGCAAAAGAUGAAAAGGAGCUGGCUGCUGCUGCUGCUGAGGGAACCAGGUUAACACGGCUGAAAGCACAGCAGAUAGCCACUGGUACAUAUAUGUUUAAAUUAGGGAUGGAAAAUGGCUUCAAGAACUAUGUGAAUCAGUAUAGUAGUAAUGUUGCGGCUUUGAACAAGCCACAGCGUAAUGAAGAGAGGGAUAAGAAGCGUCAUUUGUCCCACAAAUUUUCUCUCACUCAAGCUUCAGAGUUUAAAUGGGUUGGUACAUUGCAUGGUGCCAGAGCCUUGCUUGUAAGCACCCUUAGGCAAACUCUACUUCAAUUGGAGACCAGCAUCCAAGCAUCAUUUAUGCAUCCAAAUUGGCCACUGCUUAGAAAGCCAUGGAUUACGGCUGUUAGUGCUUGUAUCAAUCCAAGGGACUUUGCCCGUGCUCUUAUUGUUUUGCAAGCAUGCAUUAAGCCAGUUGUGUUUGCAAAUGUUUGGCAUGAAGCCUUAGGACACGUAAAACUUCACAGACUAACAGCAGCAGAAAGGGAGGAAAGGAAAAGGCAAGAGAAACGGGACAAAAAAGAAAAGGAAGAAGAAGAAGAGAGAAACAAAUUGACCUACAAUUUUGUUAAAUACACUCUUGGACUCAAACAUCAGGUAUGGAAACAAAAAGGAGAAGAGUAUCGAAUUCAUGGUCAGUGGGGAUGGUUGUGGUUGUCUACCACUCGCAAGUAUUUGUUAAGAGAUUGUCACAAAAUGGGAUUAAGAGCAGGGCCUCAGAAAAUAAUGGUGCAAGUGAAAGAUGCAAAAGGAAUCAAAAUCCUAGCUGUGGACCCGAACACAUACAGAUUUCUCUGCAAAAAAGCAGCAGAAGAUUCUGCUCGAGAAGCAGCUGAGAAAGCACAGCAGUUGAAAGCUGAACCAGAUGAUAUAGAAAGGGAUGGUAUAUUAAAAUCAGGAAUAAAAUUGGAAAAUGAAAUUAAAAGGGAAAUUAAAAGUGAGGAAGGGACAUCCUCUGGCAAUGGUUCAGAAGCCAACAAACCUGGUGGACGACCUGAUAUUGAAGAAAAAUUGGCUGCUUUAAGAAAUUUGAAAGUCUUUCCUCCAAUUAGUAAGUUUGAAGAAAUUGAUAUAACAAGAGCACUUACAUCUCCAGGGAGAUUGCAUUAUCCAAAAAUUGCUAAAAAAUCACGUUUAGAUGAAUUUUUAGCUAGAAGAUCUCAUUUAAAAGCUGUUGAGGAAAGAAAAAUUGCUCAGGCGAACAACAAAGAAACAAGGGAUGCUGCAUCUCUGAAAUCCAGCACUUCUGGUGAAGGUGAGGUGACUAAAUCGCAAGAAGAACAAGAUGCAGAUGUAGACAUAGAAAAUGAUGAAAGUGAUCCAGAAAGUGAAAAUGGGAAUGGUGGAGUUGAUCAUUUACUACCUAAUAUGUUUUUGGGGAAACUGUGUGUGCCAAAUAAUUCACAGGUUACUGCUGGAAUUCCAAAGGAUCUCUUAAGCACCAUUUCGAGACGUAUAGCAAUGCACAAGCAACAGUACGCUCGUCUCACUCGAUUGGCAAAAGGGUGGAAUUGUUACAGCAGAGAGUGCAAUAUGGCAAGGAGCAAUACAGGAUCUGCUGCAAGUGGAUUUGCUGCGUGUUACUCACCUUUAUGCAUGCAAAAGGCAAGAGUGCGAAAGGAAUUGCUCCUUUUAUUGAGGAGAGCAAAUACUCAUGCUAACAACAAUAAUGUGCCAAUAGCUUCUGUUAUUGUGAAAACAGAAGCACGAAUAAAAACAGAAAAUUCUGUUGGUGAUGAUAGUUGUGCGACCUCAAACUCUGACAGCAUGGAUGCCAUUACUAAAGAUUUGGAAAGUGCUGUUGCUGUUGUCACUACUGAUGAACAGGAAGCAGAAGUGUCCACUCCUAUACCAACUCCAGGAUCUGCAGUUACUAAAGAGAAAGGUCCAUUGCAAUGUAGAACAAUAGAAAAAGAAGCAAAGAAUGAAACAGAGAGUUGCACUGGAAAUGGUAUAAAGGAAUCAAAGUCCGCACCAACAGAAGUAGCUGGAGAAGGUGAAGUAUCUACCACGACUCCUUCUAUGUAUGGAGAAGUUGAGGUGUCCACAACUACUCCUGACAGCUGUACUGAAGUGGAAGUGUCAACAACAACACCUGAUCACAAGGAAGACCAGCAUGCAGAUCCAAAGGUGGAUACUUCUAAACCUGCAGGGGUAACUGUCACAAGUUUGGUGACUACCACUAGUACUACAACAACUACUACUCACCAGACAGUACGCAUUGUGAAUGGUCAAGUUCAGAGCAUUCAGUCUUCUGAGACAGUAGCUAAAUCAACUCAGCAAAACAUUGAAGAAUCAAUUGCAGAGAAAGCUCCAACGGGUUUGCUCAAUUCUAUUCUUACAUCUUCAAAAUUGAAAUCUGCAAGUGAAAUUGCUUCUGUCCAUAUAAAAUCUGAAUCUGGAGGUCCAACAAAAAAAACUGUGAUUCAAGCUGGUAGUGUAGUAGCUUCCAAAUCUCAAGAGGCUUCUAUUAAAACAGAAAGCGGAGAGUUGAAAAGGAUGUACUCUACCACAGACACAAGAGGAAAAGUGUAUUUAAAGAAAGUUUCAGCUUCGCUUGCUGAUCGGCGGAAGAAAAGGACUCCAGUGAAAUAUCCAUUGUGUUCAACGUUCCAGACUCGCAGCAAAAAAAGAAACAUGCUAAUUCUGCCGCAGCAUGAGUUACGCAAAUUGGCACGCCUAGGUGGGCGUUUAUCCAUUUUAGGGUAUAAUCACCAAGCAAAGGCAAAUCAUCAAGUUUGGCCCUAUCCAUGUUCUCGACCACUAUUCAAAACGUGCUGGCUUUACCGUACUGUGAACCUUCGUUCUUUGGCUGCUGCUGCUUUGCAGCUACGAAUUCUCUGGACCUGCCUCAGAUGGGAUGAUAUGCAGGUCAAACCUCCAUCAAAUGAUGGCAAACACCAAGUUACCACUGAAACUGAAAUAAUGUCUUUGGAGAUUUUGAAGCACCGCCAUAUUGGUCAAUUCUUGGACCGAACACAGUACCUGAGACGAAAAGUGGUUAUUCCACUGGAAGUUCCUAAAACUGUUCGAGAAGUGACAUCAAUUCGUAGUGGUCUAAGAAAACGCAAACGGGCAGAGUCGCCACAGAGUACCGAGCCCCAGGUUUCUGAAGAAUGGGUUGAAGAAGACAAACUAGAACUUUGGGAAAUAAAGCAGUAUGGAGACAGGUUAGAGAAGGCUAAUGCCCAAGUUGUUACUAGGAGUAGGUCGGGCUCUUUGGCCCCCAAGACAACGGGUGCUGAUGCAGCUGGAGGUAAACUCGAAACUGUUAGUGGCAAAGCAACCCCUGAAGAAAUUAAGGAAAAAAUGGAGCAGCAACUGCGAAUGCAGAGAGCUGCUCAUCAACAGAAGAGGGCUAUGGAAUCUCUUAAAGUUCCUGGGGGUCAAGUUCUGAAAGUGGUUCCAACCACCCAGCAAAUGCAACAAGAUGGUACUCUAAAGAUGGUUACGAAAGUGGCAAUCCCAGCUUCUCCUGGAGGACAGGCUAGUGGAAAAAGUACACUCACUUCUUUACUUACCAAUGCAUCAAACAACUCUGCAGGCAAAGCAUUCUUGGGAACUCGUCGGAUCUUUAUGACAAAGGGAGCUGAUGGCACGACUAGAGUUGUUACAGGCCCCACUAGUAUAUUGCCAAAGACUGCCAACCAACAAAAUGCUCCACAGCCUCAGCAGAGGGUACAGAUCUUAAAAGGUCCUGAUGGUAAAAUUCAAGUUCGAGGAUUGCUUCCUGGGCAACAGUUGGUACAAAUGCCAGAUGGAAAGUUACACGUGUUGAAUACUGCACAAGUUUCCUCUGAUGACCUGAUCACAGAUACUGAAGUUCCCCCGACCACAUUUUGGCCCUUGGGAAUGAAGUUUGCAUUGAACUCCACCCGCCCACAGUUUUCUGGUGUCCAAUCCACUUUAAAAGGAUCUUCACAAGGAUCCAAUCCAAGGGUGACCAGAGAGAAACUCAUUGAGCCAUGUCUUGCUCAAGAUAAUAAUGUCAUAAUCAACGAUGGGAGAACAGAUGGAUUUCUGCAAAUCUACAAUUUUCGUUUGCAAGCCUCUGUCAUUAUGGGAAUAGACAUGGAGUUUGUUCAUGGAAGAUUAUGCAUUAAGCACGCACAAUUUCUGAUGCAGGUUGCUGGUAAUAGAGUUGUUGCUGCCGGUGCAAAAUCUCCAGUUGUACGUGCUGCAGCACCUGCAACAGCUGCCAUUGCUGCUGCUGCUGCUGCUGCAACUACUACAGCUGGUGCAGCUCAACCUGCCACUGGUGCAGCUAAGGGAACCAUAGCUGCACCUAUAAAACAAAUAGUAGCAUCACCUGCAGCAACUACUGCAGGAUCUACAUCACCAUUAAAGGCUCUGACUGUUCAACAGAGCCCCACAAAAGGUCAACAGACGGUGAUGAUUCGGCAGCAGAUUGCAGGAACACCAGUGGUGCAAAAGGUAACUGCCCAGCCUGGAACGGUGGUGGUUAGCGGUGGCCAGGUUUUUGCCCCUGGCCCAUUGGUGGUCAGUGGAAACCAGGUUGUGGGUGCUCCAACCCAGGUGAUGACUGCGAGUGGUCAACUUUUAAGUGCAGGCCAAAUUGUUGUAAGCAAUCCUCAACUAGCUCAGCAAUUGGCAUCAGGAAAAGCUCAGCUUGCGACAAUUGGGGGUCAGCAAGUUCUUAUACGGGCCGCUCCAGCUGGUACUACUGGUACUGCUGUUCUUCAGGGAGCUAGUACAGUCAUGGUCUCAGGAACUGCUGUUCCAGCCUUAACCACUACUGCAGCCACUGGAACUGUUCAAGUGCCAGUUGCUCCUGCAGGAGCACAAACUACUAAUUUGUUGGUGAAGACAGUUCAAGGGGCUGGAACUGUCCAGGCGGGAACAAUUGUUACAGCAGGACAACAAACAAUUCAAGUUGCUGCCGCCCCAGUUGCUACACAACAAGUUCUUGUAUCAAAUGAACCAAAUUCAGCUCAGACAACAGCAUCUCCUACAGUUUCUCCUAGUAAAGUAGUUCAACCUGAAGAAGCUACAACAGCUAUUAACACUGGUGGCCUUGCCAGUUCAACACAGCCUCCAACUCAAGAGAUGGGGUCUUCUACUUCCAGUCAAUUGGAGGCUGUCCAGUCACAACCAUCACAAUCUAUUCAGCAACCUUCCCUUGGGUCACAGCAACUACACCAACCAUCCCAGCAGCAGCAACAGCAACCAGUACAGCAACCAAACCAACAACCACAGAAUCAACAACAGCAGCAGCAGCAGCAGCUACUGCAACAAACGAUUGCUGGUGGAGAUCAGGCAGCCAUUGAACAAGCUCUUUUGGUUGGCCAACCACCAGGUACUGUUAUAAAGUGUGUGACAGCACAGGUCAUCCAAACCCAGCAAGGGCCUCGUAUUGUAUUGCAAGGGCUUCAAGGUGCUGAAUUCACUCCACAGCAAUUGGCAAUGGUACAACAGCAAGUGAAACAACAACUAUUGAAAGCGCAAGCCCAAACUGGUAAACAAGGAGUUCUGGGGCCUACCAAGAUCUACCUUGCUGUACAACCACCACCACAACAGCAGCAACAACUUCUGCAGCAACAGCAGCAGUUGCAACCUCAACAGCAGCCACAGCAACAAUCAAUCCAGUCCCCAACUCCACCUGCAACUACUGUGAAUUCAGCUGUGCCAGGCGCAGUCCAGUCAUCACUCAUUCCUGACUCACCAAAGAAGCCUCAGCCCAAGGUAGUGGUGCAACAGGUUGGCCAGGCUGAGACUCCACAGCUUUCGCUUGGAUCAGUUGUUGCAAGUGGUAAUAAUGCUCAACAAAAUGCACAGCUUGCAAGUGAACAAGCAAGAGCUGCCCAAGAAGCUGCAGCAGGGCUGCUGGCUGUAAGCAAGCAAGGAGGACCCAACAAAUUCGUUCUAACUCCAGAUUACAUCCAACAAACUCACUCUGUCCCGUCUGCAGCCAUCAAGAAUGCUCUUAAGCAGGAGAACCUGAAUCCAGAAAUAGAGGAAAAGUUGUUGCAACUACAACGAUACCAGGAGCGACAAAUGAAGGAGAAAGAAACCUCUCCAACCAGCUCAGCUCCUACAAGUUCAAGUGCCAUAGUUUCUCCUCCCACACCCACUCCUAUUGUCACUGCAGGUGGAAUUGCUGUCAAACAACAAGCCAAAAAGCGGCCUCCCUCUGCACCUGCUUCCACUCAUGUUAAAGAGGAUUGGGAAUCCACUCCUAAGCGAAAAGUAUCAAAAUUGGAAGCAAAAGAUAACAAGUCAGCUGUUGAUGAUGCAGAUAGAUCACCUGGCUCUGCUGGCAGUGGUUCUGCAUCUCGUUCACGCACAAGUAAAUGGCGCGAGUCUCAAGAGGAAAGGCGGCGUAAUCAAGUGCAAACAAAGUUGCAAGUCUUACUGUUCCGGCAUAAGGAAUUACUCAAGAAAGAUAUGAUUAAGAAAAGAGCUCUUCUGGAGAAAGAAUUGCAAAUUGAAAUACAGAAGGAUCUAUCAACUGAAUUAGCUGCACGAACCAAAGCAGAGCGUAAUAAACAAGAUGAGGUCCGGACAGGAAGCAGUAGACGAAAAUCAGUACCUGUUCCUGUGGCUAGUAGUGUAAUGAGUCCACCUGCAACAGGUAAAACCACUGGUGGCGGCUCAAGACCAAAGAAGCAACAACGUAACAAUCCAACGUCCCAGCCAUCAGUUACGCCACAACCUUCUGCUGGUGGAGGUGGGAGAGGGAAGAAAGAGAAACUUUACUGCCUCUGUCGAACACCUUAUGAUGAAACAAAAUUCUAUGUGGGAUGUGACCUGUGUAACAAUUGGUUUCAUGGUGAAUGUGUGGGUAUAACAGAGGAGAUGAGUAAAACAUUAACAGAGUUUGUGUGUACGGAAUGUAGGCAUGCUCGUGAUACUCAAGAAUUGUAUUGUUUAUGUAAACAGCCAUAUGAUGAGUCUCAAUUUUACAUUUGCUGCGACAGAUGUCAGGAUUGGUUCCAUGGUCGGUGUGUUGGUAUUCUUCAGUCAGAAGCAGAUAAUAUUGAUGAAUACAUAUGUCCCAAUUGCCAAAGAAAUUCCAACAUAAACUUUGCAAACAUGAAAAACUUAAACAAUAAAGAUUUUGAUGGACUCCGUAAAUUAAUAAAACAACUUCAGACUCACAAAAGUGCAUGGCCAUUUAUGGAACCUGUAGAUCCCAAUGAGGCUCCUGAUUACUACAAAGUCAUUAAGGAACCAAUGGAUCUACAAACAAUUGAACUUCGUAUUAAUGAAAAAUCAUACAAAAAGUUAAGCGAGUUCAUUGGAGACAUGACUAAAAUCUUUGAUAACUGUCGAUACUACAAUCCCAGAGAGUCUCCCUUCUUCAAGUGUGCAGAAUCACUUGAAGCAUAUUUUGUGCAGAAAAUUAAGUGCUUACGGGACAAACUUGUUGAAAACAAGUAGAGUGUAUAUGUGCAGCUCAGUGGAAACUCAAUUGCCAUGCAGACAUGUGAGCCCAUGUUUACUAAUUAUGGCAUCCCAUUGAAAGCUCAUAAACAAAUUGAGCCAUGAUGGCAAAAUGUUUCCUCGCGUAUCCAUUAUGGAUAAUACAAAGGAAGAUUUUUUAUUGUGUGCAGUUUUGCUGGCUAGAAGUUCAAUUUUACACUAUGUACAAUGUUUUUUGUUCAUUAGUGCCAGUGCAAUGACUGAGUUUGAAUUUAUAUAUUGUAGGUUGCAAAACGAUUGAAAAUUUGUAUAUUUGAAGAUAAGAGUUGGUGUAGUGACUUUAUAGUGGCAUGUUGUAUAUAAAGAAGAUUAGUCAAACAAGAAUAUUCCAGUUGAAUGGAACCGUGAAGAACACUAUUCAGUGUGAGUGCUCUGUAUUUUAAUAACUUGUCUACUACCCACCUUAAUUGACAUAAGCCAGACAAUGAAAACUGCGGCAUACACUCUUCAUUCCACUGUCAGGUGUAAAUGUUGCCCACUGAUGUUUGUAGUUUACUCUAGUGCUAUUAUAGAAGUGUGUGUAUAAUUUCAUGAACAGUAUACCCUAAGAUCUGCAAAUGUAAUAAUAAGUGGGUAUGUUUUUUAUUAUCAUAAUUAAUUCAGCCAAGACAACAUGCAUGUGAAUUUUGAAAUAUUGAAUUAAUAUUGCCCAUUACAAUGUUCUGGAACCACAACUGUUGCCAGUAGAUAUCUGGUUGUUGUUUGUAUAUCAGAGAUAAGAUGCUCCCAGUUGUGUGUCAUUUGUUUCUAAUGAAUGUCUUGCCUCACAUAAGAGUGAAGUCAAGAAGUGUAACUUCUAAAAUUUGACUUUGUGCCAAUUGUGAGCAGACUGUCUGGGCAGGGACCAGAAAAUUCAAGUAGAAUAUAUUUGUUGCCUGCCCAAGGCCCAGCAAUCUUAUCUGGUGUAGAUGCACUUGCCCUUUCAAAUGCUGUUUGUUAGUGGUUAAAUAUUUUCAGUGAUUUUUUUUUCUUUUUUUUUGUUACCGCUUGACUAUUUUAGAUCAUUGGCUUUGUACAUAGCAAUGAAUGUGUUAAAAAGUAUAAUACAUAAAUCUGGAAACAAACUCUGUAUUUGAUUGCAUUUGUGUUACUGUUUCCCUGCCAUUUUUAAAAUGAAUUUAAUAUUGUAAAUGUUAAACUGUCAUUGUCUGUAAACUGCCAGAAUAUUAUAUUGAUUCCUUUUUAUUUUGUAGAGUUUUAAUUAUAAACAGAAAUGAGAUCCCGUGAAAAUGCAGUCAAAAAUAAAUAGUUUUAUAUAAGUACAAACUGUUUAAUCAUGAUCACCUCAUUACCCCCGUUUAUUUCAGGGCCAUUGGCAAUUACCUGAAAUUAUGACAGGACACUGAUAGCGGUGACCUCUACACGAGGCAAGGCCGUUUAUACAGCCUUCAUUCGAACCGGCAACCACGCGCAGGCGGUAGCUGAGCUGAAGUCUAGCCGGGCCGUGCCGAGGGUUCUGUACAGAAGAUUCCUGUUGUGUAACAAAUAAAGUUUUCGUAUCUGGAAAUAUGGCUAAUAUUUCUAAUACAUUGCGAACGCCACUUGCAAGAAUGAAGUUUUCGGCGCGGAAACUGGUUAUUUCUGGUAUGCAACAUUUGAGAUUGAUAUCGUCCCUAGUGCAAGGUGAACCCAAAGGACCAGAAAUAAAAUGCGACAUUCCCGGGCCGAAGUCGAAGCAGCUGAUGACCGAACUGUCAGUCAUCCAGAACACUGGAUCUGUGCAGCUUUUUGCAGAUUAUGACAAAUCUCUUGGAAAUUACUUGGUUGAUGUAGAUGGUAAUGUGUUACUUGAUGUAUACACACAAAUAUCCUCUAUGCCAUUAGGCUACAAUCAUCCCCAUCUUUUGAGCCUAUUGAAGGACAGUCACAAUGUAAAAACUUUUGUAAAUCGACCAGCUCUAGGCGUUUUCCCUGGAGCAGACUGGACAACAAAGAUGAACGAUGUUCUUAUGAAUGUAGCACCUCAAGGACUAUCAGCUUUGCAGACAAUGAUGUGUGGUUCAUGUUCUAAUGAAAAUGCAUAUAAAACAAUAUUCAUCUGGUACAGGAGAGUUCAACGUGGAGAGAAUGUAGAUUUCACUCGAGUAGAACAGGAAUCCUGCAUGGUGAAUCAACCUCCUGGUGCUCCAGACCUUUCUCUAAUGUCCUUCCAUGGAGCAUUUCAUGGGCGUACACUUGGAGCUUUGGCUACUACUCACUCAAAAUACAUUCACAAAAUUGAUGUACCUUCAUUUGAUUGGCCAAUCGCUCCUUUUCCUAAGUACAAAUAUCCUUUGGAAAACCAUGUGCAAGAAAAUCAGGCAGAGGACAAGAAGUGUUUGGAACAAGUGGAAGAUUUAUUCCAAAAAUACGAAAAAAAAGGUAAAAAUGUUGCUGGAAUUGUUAUCGAGCCCAUCCAGUCAGAAGGAGGUGAUAACGAAGCAUCACCAGAGUUUUUCCAGAAUUUACAGAGAAUUGCAAAAAAGAAUGGUGCAGCACUGCUUAUUGAUGAAGUUCAAACUGGAGGAGGUCCGACUGGCAAAAUGUGGUGCCAUGAACAUUUUAAUUUAGAUUCUCCUCCUGAUGUGGUUACGUUUAGCAAAAAGAUGCAGCUUGGUGGCUUCUACACACGAGAUGAACUGAAACCACAACAAGCAUAUAGAGUCUUUAAUACCUGGAUGGGAGAUCCAGGCAAAGUAAUUCUUCUUCAGGGUGUUCUAGAUGUCAUUAAAAAGGAGAAUCUUUUGUCUGUUGUCCAGACAUCUGGUGAUAAGUUAUUAAAAGGAUUAAAGGAAUUUCAACAAGAGUUCCCUUCACUUGUUAAUUCAGCACGAGGUCGUGGCACUUUCUUGGCCAUAAAUUGUGCUUCAUCUCAACUACGAGAUGAGAUUGUUGGUAAACUUAAAAAAAAAGGUAUUCAAUCUGGAGGCUGUGGAGAAGUAGCUAUUCGUUUAAGACCAGCUCUUAUAUUUCAAGAACAUCAUGCUGAUAUAUUCUUGGAUCGAUUCAGACAAGUUCUUUUGGCAACUAAAUAAAGCAGUGAACAUCAUGAAUACAAAUGGCAUAAGUCUUCAAUUUCAUUCAAUCAUUGGGAAAUCACUACUGAUAUAAUUUGUACCAUAUUAAUUUUGAAGUUCAUUUUUAUGUAAUUGUGAAGACUUUUUAUGGCUUAGAUUAUGCAUUUGUUCAGUAUUUGGAAUUUUGAAGAGUUUGAAGUAUUCACUGAAAUUUUAUUUUAACAGUGAUUUUUAUUAGAACAUGUCAGGCAUCUAGUAACAAUUUUAGCGGGUAUGGUAAAAUUGAAGCAUUUAUUUGCAUUUUUGUGCAGAGUGUUUGUAACCACCAAAGUAUUUUUUUAACAAUAUUAGUUUAAAAAUUGUCAAUAAUAUUAUUUUAUUUUGUUUUAAUAUUUUUAAUAAUCUUGUUGAAUGUUGGCAAUUGAUAAUAGCAGAUUCGUGUUGAUGGUAUUUUAUUCAAGAGGCUAGAAUUCAUAAAUUUUAAUGGAAUGGUAUCAUCCAUUCAAAGCUUAGUCAACCCACCGUGCUCAUUUCUUAUGUUAAAAUAUUGUAUAAUAUUAAGCUUUGUUUUUAAAUAUAUCAUUAAUAUAAUGUUAUGAAUUACAUUUGUUUGUGUUUUCUAUGUUUGUAAUUUACUUUGUCAAAUAACGUUUUGUGGUCUAUACAAUCACAAUAUAGUAUAAACUACCUCUUUUUCUUUUUUGUGAAUGCUAGGAAUCAUAAGCCAUUAUAUUUAUUUAUAUUUGAAUUAGUUGCAAACAGAAAUAUUGCAAGAUCAGUGUCAUAAGCUAUGAAUGUCUUCCAAUUACCAUUUUGUAUACAAGUGUCUAAAUAUUUUUGGAGAUAAGUGUAUUAAUGCUGUAUCAUGUAUGUGCAUAUGUUGUCAUCAUCAGAAAAAAAAGAUGUCAAUGUAAGUAAGGUGUAAUUAAUAGAAGUUACGUAUGAGGAAAGACUAAUGAAAACUAUAUUGAAAAUUAUGAAUCAAUGGGAAAAUUAAUGUAUUAGCAAGAGGUGAUGGGUCCAGUGGAUGUGAUGAACACGUCCAGUAGAACCCUUCAUAAUUGUCACCCAGGACAUGGUGGGUACAAUAAAAGGUCUUUUAACCAGUAGAACAAUAGAAAAAGGAAUAAAAAUGCAAAUAAAUGGGUAUUUUAAAUAAAGUCGUAGGCUUCUACGGCAAGAGUCAAUUGCGUGAUCUUGGCUGUCCGGGUGACGCGGCGUUGAAGGCUGUUGCCGACGUUUGGACUUCAUACCAGCCCUGAGGAAAACAAUGACAAGAUAGUUGAAAUGUCGGCAACAGAACCUUCAAUGCAGCGUCACCUGUACAGCCAAGGUCACGCAAAUGGGUAAUUUGUAUAUUGAUUAUGUAGAGUACACAAGGUGUCCAGGAAGGAAACAACAAAACUUAGAAAAUAAGCCCUAAAGUCAAUUUUUUAGCGUAUUUUGUAUAAUAAUAAUAAUAUUUUAUUGCUUAUGGACUUAAAGAUAAUAUCAAGCAAAGUCUGUCUAUAAAUUAUUUAAAAUUAUGGUAAGGAAGUUACAUUUUUUUAAACUACAUCCACUUAUUGUAAUAAUUCAACAAUUUAACAUGAUCUUGAUUAAUUGUAUUUAAAAAUAUAUAUAAUUGAUUAAUAUAAACAAUUAAAUUUAAAAAUUAAUGAACUCCUAGAUUUCGAUUGUCUGAUCCACAAUAGUCACUCAAAAGUUGGGUUGAAAAAAUACUUUCUAUGCAAGAAUUUGCAUUUCAGAAAUAUAAACUCCAAAAACUGUAAAUUGUU